UUCUUUUGGACUCCAAUCAAGUCUUCUCCUUUCCAGUAGGCCUGGAAGUGUAUUUUUGACCUUCCUCCCGAUUCUGAUUACCACUUCUCACCUGUUUCAGUUUCGAUCUAACUCAUUCACAAUUCUUCUUUGAUCACUCAUUAAUUACUCUCCAAUCUCUCACAAACUAGCCUGGAUCAUACCAUCAAGGAGCAGUCUCUUGAUCAAGAUUUACAUGGGUUCUGAUCUCAAUGUAGCAGCUUCACCCGGCAAGGCUAUACAGUUCUCCACAAGAAGAAGAUCCCACAAAUCAAUCAAAUGCUCUUCUCUCUUCAUAACGAUUCUCUUCAUCACGUCAACGACUCUAAGCCCCCCGCUGUCCCAAUCUAUUUCAAUCUCUCGUUCUAAAUACCUACCUCCGCAUCUCUCUUUCAGGCCGCCGGAGCUUUCGCUUUCCUCUUCUCUCUUCAACUUCUUCCACCAAUACGUCGUCCAGACCCAGAAGAAUUCGCCCGUCCUCUCACCAAAUUGGGUCACCCAGUCGUGGAUUUGAUUUCCUCAGAUGGGUUCCGAUUGGGUAUCAGUAUAAAACUCGCACGCCCUAACAUCGACCGGCUAAUCAACAACGGAACUGAAGCUGCCGAGGUUUGAUUCCAGUCUUUCCAACCUUAACAUUCCCGAACCAUAUCAAUUGUGACUGGCUUGUAUCCUGUUUUCAUGGAAUUAUCAACAAUCAUUUCAUGAUCCUCAUAUAUGACACCUUUCACCUAUGCUAGCCAUGAAUCCAAAUGGUGGUUAGGUGAGCCCUUAUGGGAAACAAUUAUCAAUCAUGGUCUCAUUGCAGCAACCUAUUUUUGGCCUGGUUCAGAAGUAAAAAAAGGUUCUUGGAAUUGCCCGGAGAAAUUAUGCUUCAUGUAUAAUUACUCUGUUCCAUUUGAGGAUAGAGUUGAUACAGUCCUCAACUAUUUCGAUUUGCCUAGUAAUGAAAUUCCAGUCUUCAUGACACUAUACUUCGAAGAUCCAGAUCAUCAAGGGCAUAAAGUCGGCCCGGAUGAUCCCCAAAUAACAGAAGCCGUUGCUAGAAUUGACACCAUGAUUGGAAAAUUAAUCCAAGGCCUGGAAAAAAGAGGAAUCUUUGAAGAUGUCACCUUGAUUAUGGUGGGUGAUCAUGGAAUGGUGGGUACUUGCGAUAAAAAACUGAUCUUUCUUGAAGAUUUAUCUCCAUGGAUCGAUAUUCCAAAAGAUUGGAUUCAAUCAUACAGUCCAUUGCUGUCAAUUCGCCCUCCCCCAGGUUAUAACCCUUCGGAUGUCGUGGCUAAGAUGAACGAAGGGCUGAGUUCCGGGAAAGUUAACAAUGGGCAGUAUUUGAAAGUUUAUCUUAAGGAAGAUCUUCCUAGCAGGCUGCAUUAUUUUGCAAAUGAAAGGAUUCCUCCAAUAAUAGGGUUAGUUGAAGAGAGCUUUAAGGUUGAGCAGAAGAGUUCGAAAAGACAAGAAUGUGGAGGAGCACACGGAUAUGACAAUGCCAUCUUCUCCAUGAGGACUAUCUUUAUUGGCCAUGGCCCUCAGUUUGCGAGGGGAAGAAAGGUAGAGUCUUUUGAGAAUGUUCAAGUGUAUAAUUUGGUCACUUCGAUUCUCAAAAUACAAGGAGCUCCUAACAAUGGAACUGUAACAUUUCCUAACUCUAUCCUCUUGCCUCCUAGUCAUUGAAUCAAUCAAGUAAAGUAAUGUAAAGUAAAAGAAUUACUAACUAGAAACAUUUUUUGCUAUGUUAUGAAAAACAUGAUAAUAAUGUAUUGUUCAUGAGAUUAUUGACUGUAAUUGGUUUGCA